CGCAUGCUCCGCGCUGCCCUUUAAAUCCCCCGCUGCGGGCCCGGCCGCCGCCGCACGUGCUGAUCCCCGGGGAGCCGCCUUCUCCUCUCCGGCGCGGGCGCUGCCAUGUCCCACGAGUCGGACCCCGGCCGCCGCCGGCGCUACACGCACGACACCUUCGAUUUCCCCAAGGAAUUUGAGCACCGGGUCGACCCUCAUCGGCGAGGGUCGCUGUGUGACCGGCAUUGUGCUGCCAUUAACAACAAUGGAGACCUUGGGGACAUGCAUUCGGGAUCCCAUCAGCACAGCAUAAUAACCCCCAGGAUACUGCCAGUGAUCUCGACCCCCGCCUGCUGCCAGCACCUCUCUGACGAGGUGCAAAUUUGUGACGGCUGCCUGGUGAAAACCACCAUCACGGCAGAGAACGAGGUGGAAGCCAACAAACUCUCCAACAACUACAAGUUUGGGUUUAAGAAAUGGAAGAGCCACGUGACAGCCAGGCCCUGGGAAGACCGGUCGGAAAUCGUGAAAGAACUCUACUCCGAUCUGAACGUCGUGAAAAGCCCCAUAGCCUCCGCUGCCUCUGGCUCAGAGGGAGCGCCUGGCCGGGCAAGGGGAAACGUCCCAGCUCCGGGGGUGACUGCCAUCUCCUUUCUCCCCACAGGGAAGCUGUGCUGGGACCUCGCUGGGUAUUUUCUCUGGCCAUUUGGAAAAGUGAUUCAGAAGACCAGGACGUACUCUCGAAAGUGCAGCAUCAAGUUCAACAAAUGUGAAGUCAUCUCGGAGGUGAACGAGGCGAAGGAGAGCACCCCUCUGCUCAGCCGCCAUGAGAUGGCGCCCGGCCCUCCGCAGGAGCCCGGCAGCCGUGCGGACGCCACACACUGGCGGCGUGUCAACACUUAUAUCUGGCUCUUGCUGGGCUACCCGGUCCUCGCUCUUGCCCACGGCCUGGUCUGCUUCAUCGCCUGGCUCUUCGUGUUCAUCAUCCCCGUUGCCAAGAUGAACGCUCGGACCAUCACCAAAGUCCUGCUCCUGGCCCCGGAGCACGUGCACAUCCAGCGGAUGAGGAAGACAGAAGUGCCGCUGGAGGCCGAAGUGGUCCUGUGCUGCUACCGGGCCGUCAAUGCCUAUUACUACAAAUAUGCCGUGGAUGGGAUCAACGUCUUCGCUGUCAACCUGCUGCCGCUCGUGAUCGUGACUCUGGUUCUGGGCUACGUCGACAGCCACAACCGUUUCACCAGCUCUCCUGUGAAGUUCACCCUCUCGCUGCUCUCCAUCAUGCCCCUCUCGUACUACAUCGGCAUGGCCAUCGCCAGUAUUUCAGCUCAGAGUAACUUUGCGGUGGGGGCUGUGGUGAAUGCCUCCUUUGGCUCCAUCAUAGAGCUGACCUUCUACAUCACGGCGCUGAUCAAGGGCUCCCGGGAAGGGAACAAGUGUUACGAGGAGAUUGUGAAGUCGGCCUUGACGGGGACCCUGCUGGGCUGUGUCCUCCUCGUGCCGGGCUUGUGCAUGGUGAUUGGAGGCAUCCGCCACCAGGAGCAGAGGUUUAACAGCAGAUCGGCAGGCGUCAGCUCUGCCCUGCUCUUCCUCUCCGUGGGAGGCGUGUUUGCUCCAACUCUGUUCUCCAAAGUCUAUGGGAGGCUGGUCUGUGGCGAAUGCCAGAACAUUACCCAGAGUCCAGCGGGACACUACCUCUGCCAGAACUGCCACUUUGACCUGAUGGAGAACAAUGGCACCCUGUACUACAAACACGUCCAGCCCCUGGUGUACACGGUGUCCCUCGUGCUUCCCGCCGCCUACCUCAUCGGCCUCUUCUUCACCCUGAAGACUCACUCGCACAUCUACGACAUUCACAUCAGCGACUGCCACAUGCCCGGUCACCAUCACAGCGCCGUGGUCCACUGGUCCCGCUGCAGGGCCCUGAUCAUUCUCCUGCUCUCCACCCUGUGCAUGUCCGCCUGCGCUGACCUAGCCACCGAGCACAUUAGCCCCAUCCUCACGAACUCCACCGUGUCUCAGUAUUUCAUUGGGGUGACCGUGCUGGCUAUGGUGCCCGAGCUCCCUGAGCUAGUCAAUGGAAUCCAGUUCGCCCUGCAGAACAACCUAAGCUUGAGUAUUGAGAUUGGGAGCUGUAUUGCUGUCCAGGUCUGCAUGCUGCAGAUACCCAUCCUGGUGCUCUUCACAAUCUUCUACCCUACCGGUUUCAUACUGGUCUUCAGUGACCUCCAUGUCUACUCCAGCAUGUUCAGCGUGGUUCUCAUGAACUACAUCUUCAUGGAUGGCAAGUGUGACUACUUCCAAGGUACAGUGCUGGUGAUGGUCUACUUCAUCCUCCUAGCUGUGUAUUUCUUUGCUCCUUCCCCUGCUGGCUGCUGAGGCCUGACUCCAUGGACCUUGUGUUCUCAUCUUGGGAGAAGGCUCCCCUGCCAGGGCAGCUUCUGUUAAGAAAUGUUGAGUGUUUCUCAGGGACUCGGCUGGUCUGGUUUUACUCUAAAACCAUUUUGUUGCAUGAAGCUAAAGAACCUGCCACCGGAGUUUGUUUUUCCAUCAACAGCUGUUUUAAAAGAUGGGAUUGAAUUGGGAAUUGCUAAGCACUGGAAAAGGGGGGUGUUUUGCUAGUCUGGUCACUCCUUCUUAACCCAAGAAGAAGCCUUAAUGCCAGAAAGCGUCCUUGUGUACCAAAGUGCAGCUCAGUGUGGGAGUGUGGCUAGAGGGAAAUCUGUUGUUGGCAAAGGUUUUUGAGGAACAGAAGAGUCCUCCUUUUAGACUCUGAAGGAUGCACUGUUCUCCUGCUGGGAAAGAGCGCCUUGGAGAGGGCACCAGUCUUGAAACAGACCUGAAAAGAGCUGUCUCCUGUCCUCCCAGGAUAGAAUGCUACCUGAUUGUCAUGGACAUGGCCACCUCUAACUCGGGCCUGUACAAAUAACACAGGUGGUUUUUUGCUGUAACUUGAAAUGAACCCUGUUUUUUCCCAACUGUACUGAUUAAAGCAGUUUUGUACAA